CCCUCCCCCAGGGCCUGUCGCUACCAGGAAGGAGUGUGGCUCAGGCAGCCGGGGCUGCUGUGGUACAAAGGUGUGCAGCAGCAGCAGCAGCAGCAGCUCCUCUCAGCAAUGACUGACUCCCAGCAAUGACUGACUCUCAGCAAUGACUGACUCCCAGCAAUGACUGACGCUCAGCGUGCAACUCAUCCCGUAGCUUCUUCCUCUUAUUUGCCAAUAUUCUUUUAAUGCCAAACUUUUUUCUAGGAAAGUUUGUGGGUGGGAGAACUGGAACUUCUGCUUUACUUUUCUUUCACUUUCACCUAGUGGAAAGGGAGCUGCGGCAGAAACAAGCUGGGGAGGCGGGCUGCCCUCUCCUUCCGGGAAAAGCAAACAUACUUUUAUAUUCUGUGCUGUAGUCGUUCCGGCAGCCCUUCCCUGGCUUCUGAUAGUUACGGAGAGACAGAAUGAGCAGCGGCGAUGGCAGCCGGGGAUCUGCGUCCACUUAUCCAUCGGGCACUCGCUAUUCUCUAAACCUUGAAGAAGGUAUAAGCGUUCCGGCUGCCAGUAUCAGCAGUUCCCUGCAGUGCAUCCCAUAUCAGAAACUCACAGACCUGAAGUUCAUUAAUAAAGGAGCUUAUGGGACCGUACACAGUGCUUGCCACUCUGAUUGGAGGGUGAGAGUUGCUGUGAAGUUCUUCCCGACAGAGCGCCAUCUGGUGGAGAGUGAAAGAAACAAGAUUCUGAAGGAAGCAGAGAUUUUACACAAAGCGCGGUUUAGUUACAUUCUGCCAAUUUUGGGAAUCUGCAAUGAGCCCGAGUGCCUGGGGAUCGUGACUGAGUACAUGACCAAUGGCUCUCUAAACCAGCUCUUACACGAGAAUGCUCCACGUGUGGAAAUUGUGUGGCCGUUAGCGUUCCGGAUUUUAUAUGAGAUUGCUCUAGGAGUGAAUUUUCUUCACAAUUUGACCCCUUCUUUGCUUCACCAUGACUUAAAGACACAGAAUAUUUUGCUGGAUAGGGAUUUCCAUGCAAAGAUUGCAGAUUUUGGACUUUCAAAAUGGCGUAUGUUGUCUUCAUCACACUCCUACAGUGAUCAGAGCACUCCAGGCGGAACAAUAAUAUACAUGCCUCCAGAGGAGUAUGAGCCCAGCAGCGCCAGAAACAGACGAGGCAGCGUUAAACACGACAUGUACAGCUUUGCAAUUAUUAUGUGGGAAGUUCUUGCCAGAAAGCAGCCCUAUGAAGGAGCCACAACCCCUAUGCAGAUUAUGUUCAGUGUCUCGAAAGGAAAUCGACCAGACCUUAGUGAAGAAAGCUUGCCCUCGGAGAUCCCUCAUCGAGACCUCUUUAUUUCUUUAAUGCAGAGUGGGUGGGCAACCGACCCAAACGACCGGCCAGCAUUUAUAAAAUGCUUGUUGGAGCUUGAGCCAAUAAUCCGAAAUUAUGAUGAGAUCUUAAUACUUGAAGGCAUAUUACAGAUAAAAAAGAUGAAAACCAAUUUUCAACAUAAUUCUAUAUCAAACUUUCCAACAAUGCCUUGUGUAAACCUAUUAGAACAACCAGCAGCCAAUUCAUCAAAUGAGAACGUAAACAUCAGAAAAAGCGAGGAAUAUGUCAUUCCCCAGUGUUCUUCAGUUUUAAACAAAGAAUGGAACGUUUGUCCCAGGACUGAGCCAGUGAAGAUAGAAAAUGAAGAUAUAAGCUUAGUCACAAGCCCAACAAGAUGCCUAAAAUCCAGCAUUCCCUACAGUGUUAUACCGGCUAUACCAUGUGGGAUUAUGCAUCCAGAAUUUACUGAAAGGCAAAGUGCAAGACCCACGUGGGAAAUGUCAGAUCCGGUACAGGAAAGCCCCUUCUCUGCUCUUCAGUGGAUACUGCUCAAAAGACACGAGAUAAUAAAUCAAAUGACGGAGGCAUGCCUGAAUCAGUGCCUGGAUGCCCUCAUCUCCAGAAUGGUGAUCCUGAAGGAGGACUAUGAACUGAUCAAAUCAAAGCAGACGAGGAGUUCAAAAGUCAGGCAGCUGAUUGACACUUGUGAUUCCCAAGGGGAGAUCUUUGCCAGAGUCAUUGUGCAGAAGUUGAGAGAGAACCGACAGAAUGAUCUGCAGCCUUUUCCAGAAAUAUAGAUUAUGUUUUUAUGAUUAAUAUGAGUAAUAUGUGUUAAAUAUCUAAAUGCAUUAUUAUAAGCUGGGUAAGCUCUUUCAUACAAGGUGACUGAGCAAAAACCUUAUUCUGGGUCAUAGCAGCAUAUAAGCAUCUUGUGUUUAGAUAUUUUCAUACAGAGAGGCUUAAUACUAAUAUCCCUUGACUUAUUUUCAUCAGCAAUUGGUAUUGAUUGAUUGAAAAAACAGAUGGGAGGAUUUGUUUUUGUUUUAAUUUUAUUUAGUCUGUAUGACAAAUGGCAAGGUUUAAGCUCCAUUUAAAGGAGCAUUAUGCCAUCAUCUUAUAAAACAUCCUCUUUGUGUUUUGUCCAGUGAAAAUACUAAGUAUGGAUUUUAUUGUUCUUGUUCUGCUAUAAAUCCGAUUGCUUCUUUGAAGGUGUUACUGGGUUUAUCCUGCAAUUUUAGUCAUGCGUAAAGGGGGAGUUCGCCUUUAAAUUAAAGGAACAGUAACACCAAAAAAUGAAAGAGCUUUAAAGUAAUAAAAAUAUAAUGCACUGUUGCCCUGC